AUGGCCGAUUCGACUUCACACAAGCUAGACCUCAGGGUUGGCGGAAAGUACAGGCUAGGAAAGAAGAUUGGCUCCGGAUCUUUUGGUGACAUUUAUCUCGGAACCAACAUCAUAUCUGGCGAGGAGGUCGCAAUUAAGCUAGAAUCCGUGAAGGCGAAGCAUCCUCAACUCGAGUACGAAUCAAAGGUCUACAAGACGCUUGCUGGGGGUGUAGGUGUCCCCUUCGUUCGCUGGUUCGGCACGGAGUGCGACUACAACGCCAUGGUCAUCGAUUUGCUUGGACCCUCGCUCGAAGACUUGUUCAACUUCUGCAGUCGCAAGUUUAGCCUGAAGACGGUUUUGCUCCUGGCGGAUCAACUCAUCUCGAGGAUUGAAUAUAUUCACUCCCGCAACUUCAUCCAUCGCGACAUCAAGCCUGACAAUUUUCUGAUGGGAAUUGGAAAACGUGGUAACCAAGUGAAUGUUAUCGAUUUCGGCCUCGCGAAGAAGUACAGAGACCCGAAGACGCAUCUUCAUAUUCCGUACAGAGAGAACAAGAACUUGACGGGGACUGCUCGAUACACGUCGAUUAAUACUCAUCUCGGCGUCGAGCAGGCGCGUCGCGACGAUCUCGAAUCUCUUGCAUAUGUUCUGCUGUACUUUUUGCGAGGUGGGCUUCCUUGGCAGGGAUUGAAAGCCGGCACCAAGAAGCAGAAAUAUGACCGUAUCAUGGAGAAGAAGAUGACAACCCCUACAGACGUGCUUUGCCGUGGCUUCCCCAACGAAUUUGGAAUUUUCUUGAACUACACCCGUGCCCUCCGCUUUGAUGACAAACCGGAUUACUCCUACCUGCGCAAGCUGUUCCGCGACCUCUUUGUUCGUGAGGGAUAUCAAUACGAUUAUGUCUUCGACUGGAGCGUGCACCGAGCACACGACGAGGGCAGUGCAGGCACUAGCGCCAAGGUAGGCGGCAGGCGCAGGGUUGCGCAGGAUGAGGAGCCGCGUAUUCCCGACCGGAUGUUGCGUUCUCACACUCGUCUUCAGCAGCAAGCUGCUGGCGCUGGCGCUGCGCCCAUAAAGGCAGAUCUGAGAUGGUGGCUCGUCGAUCUGGAGGCUGAGGCGCGUGGGAUCGCGGGGGCUGGUGGGAGUCUGGUGCACACGGUUGUCUCGGUUCUCGAGUCUCUUGUAACCAGCCUACUUGUUCCCAGUUGCGACCUUCUCCAGCUCGCUCUCCGUCUCAGUGCCGUGGAUAUAUUCACCGUACGCCUCCUUUCUUCCCCACCAAUUACGGCGUGUCCUGCUUUCUUCAGGCCGGCAGUGUGCACCCUGUAUCGUGUCGAGUGUGGUCGUGAGCCGUUGCUGCUUUAUAUGAUCGUCAUGCCGUCUAUGUCCGACUAUGAUCGUGCUUCAGCUUCCUCGCCAACCUCGUCAGUGUCGACACCUGCGUGGGGACCGCCGCGCGCUCCCCUUCCCCCACACCGGCUUGCAAAGCUUGCCAACGCACUAGGCGUAUCGACUCCCCUUCCUGCGGUACAUUCUUAUGGAGCGACGCUAUCUUCCCCACCCGUUCCUAGCUCGUCUGCUUCGUCUUCGUUCCCUGAUUAUUUCCGGCGUUCGCCUACACCAUCCGCCACUUCAGCCCAGACCUUCACGUCCACCUCAACAACGAAGUAUCUUCUCCACGUCAUACCGCCUAAUCACCUUCCUCAUGAUUCCGAGGUCUUUGACGAUCCAGAUUUACUUCCUCCACCUCCGAGUGCAUCGGGAUAUCAUACUCAGUUCCGCCGUGGUAUUCUUGUGCCCGUUUACCCCACAUUGUCAAGUCAAUUGGCUGCUAUUGCGAAGGAAUAUGCCCUUCCCAGCGCAGUCGGCUUGAUCAUGUAUCUCGUCAUUUCACCGUCUGUUUAUGGCUGUGACGCCCCCGAACCUGACGAGCCUGGUCCGCGAAUCUCGGAGGAAAUAUGGCGGCAUAUUUGGCUACGUGUAGUGCGUACCGAAAAGGACGAAAGCCUCUCCGCCGGGCUCAGGCCGAUUGGACUUGGAAUUGGCGCAUCUUCGUCUCCAGCAUCACCAUCAUUUCUUCAUGAUGCACCGUCCUCUGCUCUACGCCCGCCAUUCUCUGCCGGAAGAACGGAUAUGUCACAGUCGCAGCUGUCUGUGAUUCCUUCGCCUUCUACCGCCUCUAAUUCUGCUUUCUCAUCAAAUUUUGGGUCAGAACUAGAGCAUCCGGAGUCAAUGACGUCUGUUUCAGCAAGCGAUAGACACCCAGAAGAUCUUCCUCUCCCCGGUCUGCAUUCUCCUUCGCUUAUUCCCAUCCUCGCGAAAGUGGAGUUUGAGAUUGAUCGCCGCAAAGCAGCAUGGUAUGAACCGUGGCACCGUAGUCGAAAGGCUAACCAUGCAAAGCGUGCUGAAAGUCGUCUUGGGAUGCGUCGGCGCGCCAGAUCGAGAAGCGGUGAUGAAGAUGAAGCCAGUGACUAUGACGACCAGGAGCUGAGGAGGGCACCGAUUGAGCUUGAACUGGUAGGGAAGGUACAGAAGGCCAGUACCAUGCCCAGCUUUUUGAUUUCCAAAGAAGAACAAGUUGCCGAUCUAGCCAUAAUGGACGGUGCUUACGUUCAGCUCCCAGAAGAUCCAGAGGAUGGAGAGGAAGAGGAAGUGUCUGACGAUGAUCCCACCACUCGUAUUGGGCUUACCAACGGUGACCCUCUGGAAGAUGUAUUUGGCACGGAUGCUGAGACGUGGGCUGAAGUGCACGCAGAGGCACAGUCCAGUCCACAUUUACGACAUGCGAAUCCCGACGUCGUCAAUCUUGCUCUUGAUGGUGCUUCGCUUUCCGCGCUCCCGGAUGAAUAUGAGGAUGACAAAGUGGAAGACAACGAUGAAAAGGAGGUUGCCGAACUCUGGGAUCAACUUUCGCGUCCCUCGCUCAUUGUAUCUAUACCGUCCCCUCCGUCUAACAAACGCCAGUCGUCACCAACCACAGCCGGAUCAGUCAGUGCUCGGAAGCAGCCGCCUCCACCGCUGAAUCUGGUGCCGUCUCUACCGAAUGGCGAAGACCUUGCCGUUCAGGACAGCCCACAUGUCUCUAGUAGCUCUUCUGGAAGCGCACAUCUUGCAUAUCUUGAAGGAUCUUCGCGAUCGACUGAAGAAGCGGAUGGGUCCUCUCGCGAUGUUGGAGACGAUUUAUCACGGAGCGGUGGCUAUGAGAUGGUCCGUAGUCCAGACGAGGAGAAACGAGUAGGGACAUUCUUCGAGGAGCUUGACCUCGGACUCAACAUUGACGACAAUACUAUUGAGUAUGACGAAAGUGACCCGCACGAUCGUCGACGCAGUCAGUUCAUCAUGAAGGCGCAGCUUGAUGAGAUUGAGAGGAAUUUGAUCCAAUUAUCCCCUCGACGUCUUCAAUCGGAGCCGACGACCGAUAGCGAGAGUCCGCGGCGCACUCCGCAUUCCGCUACCUUGUCGCCACCUCAAUGGGGUUUUUCUUCACCUCAUCGUCCUCUGCGAACAAAUGUGUCACCCCAAAACAGGGAGAUGUUUAUUAGCGCGGAUGACACAUCAUUACCUGUUACUCCGUACUCUUCAAACAGCGUCAAUGGGCGGAAAUCAUCUGACUCAGUAUCUCAUACUGAGAGCACGAGUCGCCCUCUCUCACCUCCUCGAAUUGCUUUCAAUGGUGUGACCACUGAGCCCUUGGUUAGUCCACCGGUACAGAGGGUACGCUCAGGUACUGUUUCAACCGAAUCCCCUUCCCGGCGGCAGAGGCGGGAUGAUCAUGAACUUUAUCCUCCCCUCAUGCCUCCUGCACUGCUGACACCUCGAAGUGGUGAUUCCCCUAUUAUCCCUCUGUCUCCUGACCCCUUCGGGAGAUUCCCUUCUGAGGCGGAAGCAUCCAGGCUUUCUGAGGAACGGCAAUCCCUCGGAUAUCAAGAUGAACCACUACCGCUUCCUAAUGGAGGCUUUUCCGCACAGCGACCGCCUGCGAUUCGAAAAACGUCUUUAGGUCCUUACGAUCAGUUUGACCCUGAUGAUCGAGCGAAUACACAGACACCAUCCAGUCGAUUUUCUCUCGACUCGGUUACAUCGGACGAUGGAGGGAAGAAUACCAAGAGUACGCCGCUCGUGAGCAUGAAGAAUAUCAAGAAGUUAUGGCGGAAGACCAAUAAUAAGCUAUCGCUUUCUGGCGCAGUUACUCCUGAUUCCGGGCGAACAUCCCCAAACUAUGGCGUGAGCCAGGAGUAUCCUACAGGUCGACGCACAUCGAGGUCAAUCUCAAAGUCACCUCAACCUGGAGAUUAUGCGGUAGAGGCACCCCAGGUGCCUUCGAAGCCGAGACGGAAAUCUUCCAUUGCUAGCAUGCAGUUCAUGUCCGAAUCUCGCAACUCCAUCGUUCCCAGUCGGACACCGCCGCUUGACAGUUCUCGACAACCGUCGCCAGCAAUUCCCCCACUUCCUCCUACCCCGUCUCCGUCUUCAUCACCUCCAAUGAUUCCAGAGAAGUCGGGGGGCGUGCGAAAAUCUAUUUUGAAGUCGUGGAAAUCUGCUUCCGGUAAUCUCCACGCUCAAACAAACUCCUCAGCGAGUACACCACGCUCGAGUUCGGAGCUGCUCAGCGACGCUCCCAUCAAGCGUCGCAGGCCGAGCAUCCUUGAUGGGACGACCAAGCGUGGCUCGACGACAUCAAUGUCUGCACCGAUGGGUGACAUACCACCGAGUCCUGCACUCCCGGAUGAAUACACCCACGCGCAAGGUUCCAAGCGGGCGAGUCAGUCGGCCAUUCAUCCACACCGCAAUUCGGUACGACAACGUCCGAGCCCGAGCUUUUCAUCAAUGUCAACUACAUCUUCAUCUCCCCCUCGGCCGUCGCGCAUAAUAUCAGGCGGCUCUCCUCCGAAGAAAGGGCGAUCAUAUGGUUCUAGUGAAUCAAUAGAAGACCGACCAAGCAUAGAUGCAUCACAGUAUGAGAUGGUGUCACCGAAGCUCGAUAACUCAAUGUUCAAAUUCCACGAGCAGCAUCUCGUUACCUUUUCCGAGUUUCGGAUAGACGACGGCAGCUGCAAGGCCUGGAGCUAA